GGGCAGGACGGGAGCCUGGCGCAGGGGGGUGACAGCGUCGGGGAGCCGGGAGCCACCUACGGCGUGCGGUACAUGGGCUGUAUUGAAGUGCUGCAGUCAAUGAGGUCCCUGGAUUUUGGCACACGAACGCAAGUCACCAGGGAAGCAAUAAGCCGAUUGUGUGAAGCUGUAUCGGGUACAAAUGGAGCUAUAAAAAAGCGGAAGCCUCCAGUGAAGUUUUUGUCUUCUGUACUUGGCAAAAGUAACCUUCAGUUUUCUGGCGUGAAUAUAAAGCUGACCAUUUCAACAAGCAGCCUCACAUUGGUUAAUGUUGACACACAGCAGAUUAUUGCCAACCAUCACAUGCAGUCCAUCUCAUUUGCUUCUGGAGGUGACCCAGAUACAACAGACUACGUUGCAUAUGUAGCAAAAGAUCCUGUUAAUCAGAGAGCAUGCCACAUACUGGAAUGCCCCAAUGGGAUGGCGCAGGAGGUGAUAAACACUAUCGGGCAGGCUUUCGAGCUCCGCUUCAAACAGUACCUGAAGAAUCCAGCUAGCCUGGUUACGUCUAAUGAAAGCGAGGCAGCAAAUGCUAAUGGGUCAGCUGGGAAUUCACAGGAGAGGGAGGAUCAUGAAUAUUACAACGAAAUUCCAGGGAAAGAGCCUCCCACCGGUGGAGUGUUAGACAUGCGAAUGAGAGUGCAAACAGACCAAAGGGCUAACUGGCUCCUACAGUGCAGAAAGCAAUAUUACUUGACAGGCAGUCCAACAUUCAUCAAUAUAUAUGAAAAUUGUCCAGAAGAAAACAAAACUGUGGGUAACUGUGGUGAAAGAUCGCAGAAGACAAAAAAAGAGGCAACAUUAUUGAAGCCUGCCUACAAACCAGAUCUUUUUGAUGACCCAUGUUACAUCAACACACAGACCCUGCAGCCUGCAGUCUGUACAGCCCGCGGUACAGCAACGGCACAGAGCCAUGGGAGCCCACUGCGUCAGGCCAAGUUACCGGAAGCUGUUCAGCAGAGUGCCACAAGCAACACAGCUGGUCUCUCUGUUCUGCCACAAAUAAAGCAACAGCUAAAGAAUGAAGAUUGUUACCAUGGCAAAUUAAACAGGAAAGCAGCAGAGAGCCUCUUAGUCAACGAUGGGGAUUUUCUGGUGCGAGAGAGCACAACAUCACCUGGUCAGUAUGUCCUCAGUGGACUUCAGGGAGGGCAAGCAAAGCAUCUGCUCUUGGUGGAUCCUGAGGGCAAGGUGAGAACCAAAGACCAUAUAUUUGAUAGUGUGGGUCAUCUUAUUCAGUAUCACAUGGAAAACAAUUUGCCAAUCAUCUCUUCUGGAAGUGAAGUGAGCUUGAAGCAGCCUGUAAGGAAAGAGCCUAAUGUGGCACACAUGCAAUAUCACAAAUAAUCCCUUGGAUCUCACAAAUCCCAAAACGAUUCAUAUUUGAAAACUGUACCAAGAACUUCCUGCUAUGAAGACAAUUCAGAAAAGUAUAGACUGCACUUUCUGCUGCUGUUCCAGAAGAUACCCUUUUGUGUGUGUAUGUAAGAAUAUAUGUAUAUGUGUAUAUCUAUGUAGAUCUAUAGAGAUCAACAAGCAUAGUUAUAUAGAUAUAUAUAAUCUUAACGAAAUUACACCUUCAGAGUGUGAGAUUCAUUUGUGAGAAGGUAUUUUAGACAUGCACAAAUGUCACUUUCAAGGUCAUACUGAAUCAGUAACUAUUUAAAAGCACAAUUAAACCUCUACAUGCAAAAGCUCACUUGAACGAACUGCUGGAACAUUAGUACGUGCCUUUAGCAUAGAGUUAUUGAAAACCAAUAUUAUUUAUACUGAAUUAGUUUUGGGUGGUUAAACAAACAUGUCUAAGAUUUUAACUGUUUGCCAAAACAAAUACAAUUUGAAUACUACUAAAAUGCCAUCUGCUUUCCAUAGACACUAACAAUUUCAUUUUGCU